AUGAUCAUGGACACUUUAGAUACGCUGCCUAAUCAGCACCACCACCAUCAUCACCAUUCUUCUGCAUUUUUACUGACGGAAAGUGCCGCGGCGGCAGCUGCCGGACACCACUUUAACGUACUCAGUUUUGACACAUGCUUAUACAAAACAGGAACUAGCAGUAAUAGUGGAGGUAGUCCUAUACCCGCUUCGAUUUGUUCCCCUUGCGAGGAUCCUUCUCCUUCGGAGGCGCAACCUGGCGAUUUAAACACCCCCGUUACAACUUCCAGCGACGCUCCUUCCUUCUUCGGGCCUAGUACUGUCGUGGAACCACCACCUAUAACAGGUUCCUUGGAUCCUGAAGAAUUGUCAAUCGAGCAACAACAUACCAGCCCACACCAUUCGCCUAGCAGUCAUAUCACGGAGCGUGCGACGCCCCAGGAUUCCGCUUUGUCGCCGAGUUUGAGGGAAGAAGAAAACACAAAUCACAGUACUUUAAGUAUGUAUCCGCAUUCGAGUAACAACAACAUGGCAAAAUUACAACACCGCACCAUCUACACAUCAGCUGGCAGUCCGAAUAUGUCGGGUAGUAUACAGAUGCAGAGUGGCAGCCCAUUAGGAAUGCCCAAUCAGGGUAUGGCUCACUCGCCGUCCGCAGUGAACCAAUGGUUAUUAUCUUCAGGUGAUAAACCUAUGUACCCGUCGAUGUUUGGUUUACUACAAGGUUCAUCGCAAAGCCCUCAACAACAGUAUCCGUCAGCUACACCCAGUCCGGCAGGACCACAAUACGAUGACAGGUCGCAAACAGAUCAACUCAUGUUCAGUACGGAUUGCAGCAGUAACUUGGCACUCAAACAACCACCAUCUUAUCCAAGUUGUUCGGGUACCAGUACCAAUAUCCAGUUGGAUAUGCAGCAAGAUCUAGUAUACUCAAGGGUGGGCCAACCAAUGGGCACGCCCAAGUACCAGUGGGAAAGUGCAUCUGAAGCAGAGGAUGAAGAAGGAAAGCAAGUUAGGUAG